GGCCGCCCCAAGCUGAUAAAUAAGGGGACGGGCCGCGGCUGCCAGCCAAGUUGGACGCCCGGGCCGCGCGAGGGCCAGGUCAGCGCCUGCCCUGGGAGCGAGGGAGGGGACCCCCGUGCGGCCAUGGCCUCGCUGUUGGGAGCUUACCCGUGGCCCGAGGGGCUCGAGUGCCCGGCCCUGGAAGCCGAGCUGUCGGACGGGCUGUCGCCGCCCGCCGCCCCCCGCCAGCCGGGGGACAAGGGCUCGGAGAGCCGCAUCCGGCGGCCCAUGAACGCCUUCAUGGUGUGGGCCAAGGACGAGAGGAAACGUCUGGCGGUGCAGAACCCGGACCUGCACAACGCCGAGCUCAGCAAGAUGCUGGGAAAGUCGUGGAAGGCGCUCACGCUGUCCCAGAAGAGGCCCUACGUGGACGAGGCGGAGCGGCUGCGCCUGCAGCACAUGCAGGACUACCCCAACUACAAGUACCGCCCGCGCAGGAAGAAGCAGGCCAAGCGCCUCUGCAAGCGCGUGGACCCGGGCUUCCUCCUGAGCUCGCUGUCCCGGGACCAGAACGCUCUGCCCGAGAAGAGGGGCGGCGGCCGCGGGGCGCUGGGGGAGAAGGAGGACAGGGGUGAGUACUCCCCGGGCUCCGCCCUGCCCAGCCUGCGGGGCUGCUACCACGAGGGGCCGAGCGGCGGCGGCGGCGGCGGCACCCCCGGCAGCGUGGACACUUACCCAUACGGGCUGCCCACGCCCCCAGAAAUGUCGCCCCUGGACGUCCUGGAGCCGGAGCAGACCUUCUUCUCCUCCCCCUGCCAGGAGGAGCAUGCGCACUCCCGCCGCAUCCCGCACCUGCCGGGGCCCCCUUACUCACCGGAGUACGCCCCCAGCCCCCUCCACUGCGGCCACCCCCUGGGCUCCCUGGCCCUCGGGCAGUCCGCGGGCGUCUCUAUGAUGUCCGCCGUCCCCGCCUGCCCCCCGUCUCCUGCCUAUUACUCCCCUGCCACCUACCACCCUCUCCACUCCAACCUCCACGCCCACCUUGGCCAGCUCUCCCCCCCUCCCGAACACCCCGGCUUUGAUGCCCUGGAUCAGCUGAGCCAGGUGGAACUGCUGGGGGACAUGGAUCGCAAUGAGUUCGACCAGUAUUUGAACACUCCUGGCCACCCGGACUCUGCCGCCGCAGGGGCUGUGGCCCUCAGUGGGCAUGCCCCGGGCUCCCAGGUGACAUCAACAGGCCCCACAGAGACCAGCCUCAUCUCCGUGCUGGCCGAUGCCACGGCCACGUACUACAACAGCUACAGCGUGUCAUAGAGCCCGAGGCAACCAGCCCAGCCUUGCGUCGCCGCCGUCCUCCGCCUCCCGAGCGAGCGCGGAGCACCGAGGCCACCGCGCGGGGCUCCCCGCUCUCCUGCGACCGCCGCGGGGCGUGCAGGUCUGACCGUGCGCGGCGCAGAGCCGGGCUCUGCCGAGCUGAGCGUCUCCGCGCUCCCGGCCGCCUGCAUUCUGAGUGUGAGUGCAUUCCUUCAGAUGGGUUCUCAUUGGCUCCACACCCUGGGAAUAAGGCAGGGUAGUUGCUGAAAGGUGGUUAACCGGUAGAUGUUCAUUCCCUUCUCCCGGUCCCCAUCGCGGGAAGGAACGUGUCCAACUCUCCGCGGCAUUCACACCUCUCCAGCUUCUGACCCAGACGCAUGGGGUACAGCGGUCCUGAUCUUGGGGUCCUCCAGGUGAGGAGAGCCCUGGGCUGGGAUCCCGAGGACCCCGGAUCCGGUCCUGGUUCGGCCUUGGAGGGCCGGUGCAACCCCCACCCCUCUCUCUUCCCCCUUCAGGCCCCUCCCGCAGUCUGUAAAGUGGGGGGACAGACUUGACAUCUAAGGCUCCUUCUGCUCCAGGGUUUUCUGACCUAGUAUUCUUUCGAGGCUAAUUAAAAGGAAGACGAAGUUUGACUUAGCAAGUUCAUUAACAGCCAACCCGGCGAUAACUCCGAGCGCGCAGCCCAAGAACACUGGCUUUGUGCAUUUGGCUGCCUUCCAGAAUGAUCAUGGUCUUGCAAAAGGACUCUUCCAAUUUGAGAAAACAAAACAAAACAAAACAUUCGUCUUGAUUUGGGGAAUUAACCACUAAGGUUGACUGCACCAUUGAAAAUGGAUUGAAUUCAAGCCACUGGUUUUUAAACGUAUUUUUUAAGAUAAUUUUUUUUAUUACACACACAUUUCAAGAGAAUACACACAGCCUGAAUAUAUACAGUCCGUGUAUGUGGGAUGUGCACCACACACACAACUGCAUGCACAUCCUUAAAUGCACGUCUGUCCACCCUACAUCAGAUACUCUGGUUGAUGUUGGCAAUAUUCUUAAUGACCCAAAGAGCAGGGAGCCCAAAAAGGAUUUCUGCACAGCAACAUCACUUACCUCCAAUCUGAAUGUGUGGAUUGCUUGAGCAAAAUUUCAGCAUACUCUCCCCUCUGCACGUGCAAAAGGAGCUUCUUUCUCACUGUCUCCGACUCCCCUUCUUCCUUUCCCGGGAUUUCUUCUCUUCUGCACUGUUCUUCCUCCUUCCCUGAAUUGGCCACAAAUUCAAAGAUUCCCCUGGCUUCAAAAUACUAAGCAUGAUUCCUACUACGGCUGAGAUGACAGUCCCUUCUUCUCACCAGACAGCUGGUUCUCGGUAACAUCUUCAGCCAACACUUCAACUUUCCCUUCACUAUACAGACUUCCCAAAGAACAGAAACGCACUGUGAUUCAGAAAAUGUUUCUGAGCCCUGACCCCACCCCAAAAACAUUUCCAUCCUUCUCUCAAACCUCCUUGGAAGGAACAUACCUACCAGUGCGUGAAAAGGCAGCUGUUUUGUCUUUUAAUUGCAGCAUAUUAUUGCCUGUAUGAAAUAUGUGUUUUAUAUAUUCUCCUAUUUUUAGCUUAUAUUUUAUAUUGUUGAGAGAUCCUUUUUUUUCCUUCCAAGGUGUCCUACUAUAAAAUUACUUAUAAGAUAUAAUUAAUCUUUAUGCUAUUGCUGUAUAUGACAUUUGGUAAUAAAUAGUAAAUCGUUGACAAUAUGAUUGACUGGUGCAGUCCAGAAUGUAUAUUAAUAAUCUUGUAAAACAUCGUCACAGAUAUUAAGCUAAACUGUUCCACUUUUUUUUUGUAAGAACUAUACAUGCUUCGGAACGGUUGUAGAUAUUCAUCUGUCUAAAAUAUUUAAUUUAAAUAAAUGUUUUUGUACCAUGA